AUGUUUUUAGAUAAUGAAAACAUGAGCAUGCGGCUCAAAAUAGUUGAAGAUCGAUUAGGAUUUAUAGAAAACUUAACUCAAUUGCAAGACAAGCGCAUAAAUGAAUUGAUUAAAUAAUUAGACCAUGUCAUUCACUAAUUUCAAGAUUUGAAUUUGGAUCGUUGCAGAAAUGAUGAAGGCUUAACAUUCAAAUUCGAACGCUUUGAAAAGACACUCCUAAUGUUGCAAAGAGAAAUGAAUCAGAUAGCUACACAUCAGGAUGAAAGAAUUAAUUAAUUGAUCAAUUAAUUAGUUGAACCUAGCUUUAAGGAUAUCGAUAUCUAAAUUAAGUAGGAGUCUCAAAGAUUGUAAUUGCAAUGUCAAAGGUAGUUAGAUGACAUGUACGAGGAGAUCAUUAAUAAAUUUAAGACACCCAUGUAAAGUAGUGUUGCCCAAGGAGGAAGAGCAAGCAUAUUUGAAUCAACUACUCAAGAUGAUACUAAGAAAAAAAUUGAUGAUGAAAUUAAUAGAAGAAUUUAAGAAGAAAACGAGAAGAGAAGGUCUUUUUUGGAAAGUGAAACUAAAUAACAGAAAAAUGGAUAAUUGUCAACUGAAAAAUCAAGAUCACGAGAAAUUUAAAAUCGUUUAAAUCUAGAAAGAAAAGCAAAGUAAGACAAAAUAAAUCAACUAAACGAAUUAUACCAAUUUAGAAAGCAUUGAAAACAAACUAUAAAUAUCCAUAUAAUACUUAUUACCAAGUUA